AUGAUUAAUCCUUUUUUGUCGAAGCCAGAUGAAGAAAAAGAAAAUAUUCAAGAGGAAUUAAUUACUCUAAGAUUCAAUCCAGAAUUAAAACUAUACUAUGAAGAUUCAAAAACGUCAGUUAUUUUUUGGCAAAAUAUUGAAGUGAAAGAGAUUUAUCCAAAAUUUUGGAACGAAGUAGCACAAUUGCUACUCUAUUUUCCGACAUCAUACUGUGUUGAAUGUGGAUUUAGCAUUCUACAUCGAAUUGUAAAUAAAGAACGAAACAGAUUGGAUAUGUUCAUUAGAGGAGAUAUUCGUUCAAAAAUAACACAAAUAGAGCCAGAUAUCGAAUCUUUGGUCAAAAAACAUCAGUCACAGGGGGUCCCAUUGGUAUAG